UUCGAUUGAAUCAAAAUCUUUGCCUCUUUUAUCUCUUGGUCAGUAUGUUCUCCGACUUGUGAUCAAAACAGAAACAGUGAAGAUUAAAAAACCAAAGAAGCGGAAAUGGUUAAUUUACGUUUAUCUGCUGUGUCAAUUACAAAUUUGUUAAAUUAUGGAUUCAAGAGAUGUAAUCUUACAAGUUUUAGAAGAGAAUAUAGUGUCUUUCCAUCUCAUUAUGUUGAACCAAUAUAUAGAAAAGAUGAGCAGGAAGCUCUGUUUCGAAGCGAGGAGGCGAUGAAUAUUGCUCACCAACAGGUGAAACCAGCACAAAUCACUGACACGUGUUCAGAGUUUUAUGAUGCUAGAGUCUUGAAAUUUAUCAAUACUAUUAUGAGAAAUGGGGAUAGGAAAUUAGCAAGGACAUUGGUGACCAAAUCUUUUGAAGAAAUCAAAAGAAUACAAUUACAACGUUACCACAAAGCAAAAACAAACGAGGAGAAAGAUAAUAUUGAAUUGGAUCCAUUUGUGGUUUUUCAUUAUGCUGUUGACAAUUGCACGCCUGUUUUACAAUUGAUAAAUUGUAGGAAAGGAGGGAUUAUGUAUAAGAUUCCUGUUCCAAUUUCACCUGUACGGGCACAGCACAAAUCCAUGAAAUGGUUAAUCGAAGCAGCAAAAGAGAAAGAUGAUGAGGAAAGAUUUUACAAUAUGUUAGCUAAAGAAUUGGUAUCAGCUUCUCAGAAUCAGGGUCGAGCAGUUAAAUGGAAGGAAGAAUUACACAAAAAAUGCCAGGCCAAUCGAGCUUAUGCGCACUUCAGAUGGUUAAAAUAAGUAAUAAAAAAACAUAGGUUCUGCUUAAAAAUAAAAUAAUUUUAAAAUAUACUAAUGUUGAAUUGAUGUGAUUUUAUAUACGGUAUAUUUACACAUAUACAUGU